CUAGAUUAGGCUAGCUUUUUUUUUUCUUCCUUUCUCCUCUCUUUUCUCUUUUUCCUCCUCUGUCCUUUGCGCUCUCAUUUAAGGGAGAGACAAAAACCCAACAUUUGACAAACACAAAUAUAUACUACCAACUGCUACUGUAACCAUGGCAUCCGCAAGCAGCUCUGCACAGGCCGCCUUCGGGCUGGGCCGGAGAAAGAAGAACCCCGGCCUCCUGGAUCAGAUUGGAAAGUUCUUUGGUGGGGACAAGAAGAGGAAGAGCAAGGGCUCUUUCCGAGGUGCUCUCUCUCCAGCCCCUCAGAAAGCCUCUGCCACUUCCCCACGCAAGCGCGGAGCAGAGAACGCCGUGGUCCAUUUCUUCCGCACGAUCGUGUCCCCCGCCCCUCCCAAGUCUAGGUGGAGAGGACUAGCAGCCAAGAUAGGCCUGGGCCCCCAGAAGUCACACUCUGCUAAAGCCAAGAAGGCCAGUGCAGGGGACGGCAAAGGCACCCUGACUAGGAUCUUCAAAAUGUGAUGAUAUCAGCAGCAGAGGAAGCAGGAGUGCUUCUCCAGCCAAACGCUGAGGUCCCUCUACAACCCUUCCAACAGGGCAGACGUUUGAGAGCACGGGGGGAAAAAAAACAACAAAAAAAAGAGGAAGAAGAGGAGGAAAUCUUGUCAACCCUUACACUCACCGUCCCCUCCGCCUCUGUUAACACUCUAAUGUCGGCUAAAUCCUUCAUCUCCCCCUAUUACUGCCCCCACCCUCGACUCCUUUGGCUGGUAGAUAGCGACACAAUCUGUUGCCCCCUCCCACCUCCAAACCCUGCAUGCGUUGUGCUGAGUCUGUGCAGUCAUCAUCACUGUUUGCUGAUCCUGAAGCCGCUCACAUGUGCAGCCUGAAUGAUCCAUCCACGGCUCUCCUCCUUAUCUAUACCUGCGCUUGAGUUUUGUGUCUGUGGUCAUUUCUCUAACGAAGGGAGGCUGAACCGGAGCAGAUCUGGGGUUAGUUGAAGGUUCUGGCCGGUGCAAGUCCGACUGACUUGACCGUCGUUGCCACUCGUUGACGGAGCGAAAGCCCAGGUCGUUUCUGCUUCAGAGAAGAGAGGUUUUCUGUCCUGUUGCGCUGUCGACGUCACUUCCUCCAACCUUCCUCUGUGUUUCCAUGUGUCUGAACGUUGUUCUGUGACAGAUUUAACACAUCUUUUACAUUACUGUGAGAGCCAUUUUCAUCGAACCCUUGUGUCUGACGUGUAGCUAAGUGUCCCGUCAUGAAUGUGUUGUUGAUCCAUGUUUGUCAUUAUUGGACCUAAGGCUGGCUGUGGAUUUUGUGGUAAAAGUUACAUUUCUAAACCUUCUAAAUAAUUUUUUUUCCUGCAGUAGUCACUGAAAUAUAGAUAAUUUUCUUUUACAGUCCAUGAGAUAAUGACAUGACUAAAACUGAAUCUGAACUAUGAUGCUGAUGCUGCAGCACGAUGCCAGAUUCAGACCUGUUCCUAAACGCUUCAGCGUAGUCUAGUGUAGGUCUCUCCUUUGUCUUCAUCCUUUCUAUCUCGUGCACAGCACACAUACUGUAAAUGAAAUUCACAAAAAGCCCUCGCUCAACAACAACUGCCUUUUUCCUCCUGACUACCAAAUACAAUGUGCUGUGUUUCCUUUUUUUUUGUGAAUAAUAAACAAAAAAACAACAAUUUCAAAAAGGUGCUCUGUGACUAACUCUGUAAUGACACAUUAUAAAGUGUUUUUCUUUCUGAGAAUGUGCAAGUUUUCUGUAAAAAGGAAAUAGAGUCAUUUGUAGAAAAGGUCAGCGCCACCAUUGGGGCUGUUCCAUUCAUCUUCCAAAAAGCAGGCGUGUGUGACGUGCAGCGUUCAUCCCUCCCACUGUUUGCUUGAGCCUUGUGAGUGCCGUGUACUGUUUUAUUGCUGAAUGGAUGCUGGGAAUGAAUGUAAACUUCCUCCUCAUCAUUGUAUGUGUAAUAAAACAUGACCAGCCACUUAACUGAGAAUAAACAAAUGUUCAAAAAAAGUAUAAAACCAAA